UCAGCAAAACUCGAAGAUUCGUCGUCGUCGUCAGUUUGUUCUUCAGUACGAGUCCGUAAUGGAAAAAUUCGUCGUCGAUGAGCAAAUAAAAGCCAACUAGUUUUCCGUGAAAAAUUGAACAGUGCAGAAACGGGAAACAACAGUGUAAUCAGUGAACCGAAAGAGUGAAAAUCCUGAACCGUCCCAUUGUGGAUUAGUUGGUGAUCGCCCGGAGAAAGUCCGAAAAAGAAAGGCACAUUGUAAAAUGUAAACAGCACCCCGAUAUCGACCGUCAACAAUCACGGAAACCAACACGGUGACGACACUGGACACUUAUCGACAUACACAUUUAUGUUGCAUCCCCGAGGCCAGGCAUAUCAAAUUAUAGCGAAACAGUGGUGAAAGAUCUCUCAUAUUCCUCAAACUGCAGUCAGUCAUCGAAUCCGUCGGAUGAUUUGAGUUCCGGGAGAUAUCGCCGUUUGAAGGAGAGUUCGGAAGAAUGGCCGAGGCAAUCAUCACCGAUUGGAUCUCGGACUACAAUUCGCUGCAGGAGUCCGAACUGCGAACCUUUAUCGCCACGCAUGAGAACGAUUUCGAAAUCUCCAAAGCCCUCUAUACCAUCCUGAACGAACGUGCCAAGUAUAAAGAUCUCAUCUACCCGGUUUGCAAUCAGCUGUGCGAUUUCUAUCGCUCGAACGAAGUCGAGCUGAGGCGAUUUACGCUGCAGUUUGUGCCGAUACUGAUCUAUCUGUAUCUGAACUCGGUGGCUUUGGGCGACAAGAAGGGCUGCCGGUCGAUCGAAACGCUGCUGAUUUGCAUCUACAACAUCGAAGUCAGCUCGGACGAUGGCAAUCCGAAGGUGGUCUCGUUCCGGAUGCCGGUACUGGCACAGGCGUCCAUCUACCAUGAGGAAAAAACCCUGCACCCCAGUGACCUGCGCCGCUGGGAGGAGAAUAGCAACAAGGAAAUCAGCUGGGGUCCGCUUCCGUCGAUCGAAUCCAUCAACGCGCAGAACCGACUGAAGGUGAUGACCGCGCUGCUGUUCACCUACAACCAGCAGCUGAAUCAGAUCCACAAACCCGCCCUGUACCACCUGUGCAGGACCACCUCGCUGUUGGUCAACCAAGGCUUCCCGAAGGUCGGUCACAUGCACCGUCCGUCCUACGGUACCGAUCCGACGUCACCGCAGUCGGCGGGCAAUUCGCCGAAUCAAUCCUCGCUUUCCAGCGUGCAGAAGCCGAUUCCCCGGAUAGCGGUUAGUUCGCAGUUUCUGGUCGAACUCGCGCACGCCAACUACUUUGCCAUGUUCAACGAAUUCGCUUCGGCGGCCAUCGAGGCGGUGAACGAUUUACACAACCGGGCCUGUUACGAGAUGCUACCGGAGGUGAUAUUAGUAACGAAUGCAAUCCGGAAUUCGCUUCAUGCGAAUCCUUCUGGUCAACCGAGCGACGGUCCGAUGGGUAUCAGUGUGGCACUAACUCCGGCAACCGCCACGGUGACGGUAUCGAAGUCGAUGAUCACCAACGCUUCGUUCCGAACGAAGAAGCUUCCAGACGAUCUGGAAGUAGAGUUUGUCAAUAGUCUCCAGUCGACGCAGCAGGAGAUGAUGACCAAGCUGGCGGUAAUCGAAUCGGACGGUCAGGUAGUGGGCACGAACGGUGGACCCAGCGUCAACGGAGUCGUCGACGAAGCCAACGACCCAAAGCCGGAACCGAAGAAGAAGGAAUCCCGCAAGUGGAAGAACUGGGGCUGGAAGACUAACAUGAACACCACACCGAAGCAGACCAGCAUCGAGGAGGAGGGUGAUUCUCCGAAAAAGUCCGCCUCAUCGAAGCAUUCUAGCCCGGCAGAAUCGCCCAAGCACAAGAUAAUGGGCGCGAAAGCGGAAGACUUCAACGACAUAUCGCCGGCAUCGCUGAGGCGGAAGAAGUUCCUCACCAGCAAGAACCAGUCGCCGGUUAAUCGAUCGGAAGCGCGGGCCAGUGCCGGGGCUCGGCUGUACGAGGAACUGGACAGUUUGCAAGACUCGGACGACGAACUGCAGGCUUUGAUCAUCAAUGGACGCCCCGCAACGAUACAUCUCAUCCAACCGUCUACGAUACCGGACGAUAUCCCCAUCCAAGGCCCCAGGGAGGAGAACGGCCAGCUCAGCAGUAUUAACGAGGAAAGUGAAAGCGGAGAUGGACCGAAGGCAUCCCAGGGGGCCGGUCCCGGCAAGGUGAAAGACUCCAAAACUCACAAGGUGCUCGUGGGCUUUAUGAAGCUGAAAGAAAAGGACAAAGACAAGGAUGACGGCAGUGGGGGUGCCAAGAAAUCCUCCGCGGCCAAAGAGAAGCUGGUCGGUAAGCAAUCGCUGCAGAUGCAAGCUCCAGGCAGUGCAGAGCUCAUCGAAGCGGAACGGGCUAGCCCGCAGACGGUGGCCAAGCGGAAGAGCAGUAGUAUUGAUAUUAUCAGUAUGCCAACGGGUGUCGUGAUGGGGGGUAGUGAGCAGCUGAUCGGGGUGAAGCAAUUGGCUCCGCUGUCCAACGGAGGCGUGAUGCUGGGAGGCGAUGACAAAGGAGGUGUUGUUGGUGGCGGUAUGGAUAGUUUGAACGUGCUGGUGGAUCGAAAUGGAGGAACGAACCCGCUGGAGGUCGGUGAGUCGUUCGAUUCGGGCAACGAGAUGAGCCUCAACAAUAAUAACAACAUCAACAAUAACAACAACUCGGAAAAAUCAGUGCUGGACAUGAAGACGCACGGCAGUAUACAAGUUAGUCAAGUUUAAGAUUCAGCUGAUGAUGAAAUGUGUUAUAGAGCUAGCUUUAACGUAUUUAACUUUUUGUUGUUAUUCUUUUUUUGUAUGGUACAUUGCGGUAUUAGGUUGGUGUAUGUUCGCUAGUAAGAGUAAUAAGUUGUUUUUUGUUAAAAGAAAAUCCUUCUCACAACGA